GAAAGUGAAAACAGUAGAGCAAAGAAACACCCCCCUGAGAUAAGCUUGGAAGGAAGAAGAAGAUGACACGGAUUACAUGAGCAAAUCUGACGCAUGUUUUGUGCUCGAGAGAUUCCGCCAUGGAUGUCGCUUCUGCUCGGAGCAUCUCUUCACACCCUCCAUAUUAUAGAAACCCGAUUUGUUCAUCACAGUUAUCGUUGAUUCGGCUUUCGAGAGAUAAAGUAUGUUGCUUUGGUCGUAUUUCGAAUGGCAUAGCGAGCUUUAGUACUUCCCUUCAUGCUGUUCCGAGUGGAAGAAAUUUGAGUGAAACAAGACGUACUGGCUUUCAAUUGUGUAACCGCUCUUUAAGUUGGGAUCCUUUCAGAUUUCAUGAUAAGAAAUCACAUAGAUUAAGUGAAUUGGCAAGAACUAUCACUGUGAGAUCAGAUUUUUCUGGAGCUGCAACCCCUGAAGCUUCUUACCCGGAACCAGAGAUUAAGUUGAGCUCAAGACUCAGAGGGGUAUGCUUUUGCGUUGUUGCUGCCGUUUCUGCCAUUGUUCUCAUUGUCCUGAUGUUAGUUGGUCAUCCGUUCGUCCUUCUCUUCGAUCGCUAUAGGAGAAAAUUCCAUCACUUCAUCGCUAAACUUUGGGCUUCCAUAAGCAUUUAUCCGUUUUACAAAAUCACCAUCGAGGGUUUGGAGAAUCUGCCAUCAUCAGAUACUGCUGCUGUAUAUGUUUCAAACCACCAAAGUUUCCUGGAUAUCUACACACUUCUCAGUAUUGGAAAAAGCUUCAAAUUCAUCAGCAAGACAGGGAUAUUCGUAAUUCCCAUUAUCGGUUGGGCUAUGUCAAUGAUGGGUGUCGUUCCCUUGAAGCGGAUGGACCCAAGAAGCCAAAUGGAUUGCUUAAAACGUUGCAUGGAACUACUAAAGAAGGGAGCAUCAGUAUUUUUCUUCCCAGAAGGAACACGGAGCAAGGAUGGUCAAUUAGGUCCUUUCAAGAAAGGCGCAUUUUCGGUGGCUGCAAAGACGGGAGUUCCAGUAGUACCAAUAACGCUAAUGGGAACAGGCAAGAUCAUGCCAACGGGUAGUGAAGGAAUACUGAACCAUGGGGAAGUCAGAGUUAUCAUCCAUAAGCCAAUACAUGGAAGCAAAGCGGAUGUUCUUUGCAAGGAAGCCAGAAGCAAGAUUGCAGAAUCUAUGGAUCUCUUAAGCUGAUCUCAGAUGUUAUUUUUGCGUUGUCUGAUAAACAAUGAGAAGCCAUAAUUUCACAUGUGGUAAAGAUUAAAAUAUGUUGAGAUUUCUUUAGUCAAAAUUCUGAUGUUCCCUUGAAAAUAUUUGCAAGAAAAUGUCAAUUUUGGUUCAAGAGAUGUCA